UACAGCCUGGCCUGAGCGCUGAAAAACUUGUUGUUGUCGGGGAAAAUGGCGUCAAACGUAGAAGCCCCGGAGCGCUGGUACCUCGCCCUACUUGGCUUCGCGGAGCAUUUCCGAACCUCUAGCCCUCCCAAAAUACGUCUUUGCGUGCAUUGUCUGCAAGCCGUGUUUCAGUUUAAGCCGCCACAGAGGAUUGAGGCCCGUACGCAUCUCCAACUGGGCUCGGUUCUCUAUCACCACACCAAGAACAGCGAGCUGGCCCGGAGCCACCUGGAGAAGGCGUGGUUUAUUUCCCAGCAAGUCCCCCAGUUUGAAGAUGUCAAGUUUGAGGCUGCAAGCAUUUUAUCUGAACUCUUCUGCCAACAGAAUUUGGUGGACUCUGCAAAGCCUCUUUUGCGCAAGGCCAUCCAGAUUUCUCAACAAACACCAUACUGGCACUGCAGGCUGCUGUUCCAGCUGGCGCAACUUCACACACUGGAGAAAGACUUGGUGUCGGCAUGCGACCUGCUGGGUGUGGGAGCAGAGUAUGCCCGCGUGGUGGGCUCAGAAUACACCAGGGCGUUGUUUCUCCUCAGUAAAGGAAUGCUGCUGCUAAUGGAGAGGAAACUUGGGGAGGUUCACCCCCUGCUCACGCUAUGUGGAACCAUUGUAGAGAACUGGCAGGGAAACCCCAUCCAGAAGGAGUCCCUAAGGGUCUUCUUCUUGGUCCUGCAGGUCACACACUACCUGGACGCCGGACAGGUAAAGAGUGUGAAGCCAUGUCUGAAGCAGCUGCAGCAGUGCAUCCAGACCAUUUCUACACUCCAUGACGAUGAGAUUCUGCCAAGCAACCCAGCUGACCUCUUUCACUGGCUCCCCAAGGAGCACAUGUGUGUUCUUGUAUAUCUGGUGACAGUGAUGCACUCCAUGCAAGCGGGUUACCUGGAGAAAGCACAGAAGUACACAGACAAAGCUCUAAUGCAACUAGAGAAACUAAAAAUGUUGGACUGCAGCCCGAUCCUUUCUACCUUUCAAGUCAUUCUACUGGAGCACAUCAUCAUGUGCAGGCUCGUCACAGGCCACAAGGCCACUGCAUUACAGGAGAUCUCACAGGUGUGUCAGCUUUGCCAACAGUCUCCCAGGCUAUUCACCAACCAUGCUGCUCAGCUCCAUACGUUAUUAGGCCUCUACUGUAUCUCAGUCAACUGUAUGGAUAACGCAGAGGCACAGUUUACCACAGCCUUGCGGCUCACCACACACCAGGAACUAUGGACUUACAUUGUCACCAACUUGGCCAGUGUCUACAUUAGGGAAGGAAACCGACAUCAAGAGUUGUACAGUCUCCUAGAGAGAAUAAACCCAGACCACAACUUUCCAGUCAGCUCACACUGCCUCCGUGCCGCUGCCUUUUACAUCCGGGGACUGCUCUCCUUCUUCCAAGGCCGCUACAAUGAGGCAAAACGCUUCUUGAGAGAAACCCUGAAAAUGUCCAAUGCCGAGGACCUGAACAGAUUGACCGCCUGUUCGCUUGUUCUCCUAGGCCACAUCUUCUACGUACUGGGCAACCACAGAGAAAGCAACAACAUGGUUGUACCUGCCAUGCAGCUUGCCAGCAAGAUUCCCGACAUGUCCGUGCAGCUUUGGUCCUCUGCACUGUUGAAGGAUUUGAACAAGGCGCUUGGCAACACCAUGGAUGCCCACGAAGCAGCCCAGAUGCACCAGAACUUCUCCCAGCAGCUUCUGCAGGAUCACAUUGCGGCCUGCAGCCUCCCCGAGCACAACCUCAUUAGUUGGACCGAUGGCCCUCCUCCUGUCCAGAUCCAAGCCCAGAACGGCCCCACUACUAGCCUCGCAAGCCUGCUAUGAGGAGGACUUUGUACUAUUUGGGGCUGGACUCUGAGACCUUCUCCACUUCCACCGUUGAGACCCUUCCUCCACAAUUGCCAGCUUUCUUUUCCAUUUGUAGGGAAAACCAGGCGAUAGAUAGACAGGAGGGUAGUAAAGAUGUAGAAGAAAUUAAUUUAUUCAUGUCGAUAUUUUUGUAUCUGUUUAAUAUUUGACCAUCAUGCUGUCAUUAUGUUUUGUUUUGUAUGGAUGCAUUUCUUUUCGUGCAUGGAAGUUACUGACGUGGACUCCUUGUACAUUAGUUACACCCGGGUUUGCGAAUAAGAUAUUCUUGGUAGAUAUUUUUUGCACAAAAUCCAUAUUAGAGAAGUAAAGACCUCUUGUAAUAUAUUUUUCACACAAUAAUCAGUUGAAAUGUCACGUUUUUGCAAAUCUUUUGGAGUGUGGAUGCAUUUCUAAAAAAAAAAGUGUUAAGUGUUCAUUAUCUAUGGAUCAGAUGUCUACAUUGAGUUUUAUAAUAUCAUUGCGUUGUGGCUUUUUAAUGACGCCACUUUAUUUUUUUCCUUUCAUAAUAUAUUAAUUUGAUGUAUUCAUUUCUACAAAUCACGUUCAGGUGUUUUUCAGCUAACGGUAACCUUCACACUGUGUUGAUUUUGUUUUUUUACAUUUUUAAAAUCUGUCCCUGUUAGUUUCACCGAGUUGUGUUCUUGACAGUUUCUGUGUACAAAUUUGGCUCUCAUCAAACCUUUUAUUGCACAUGACAUAUUAUAAAGUCUAAUUUAGGCAAGUGUCAUGUAUUUUUUAGCCCUAAUGAUGUAGAAUAAUCUCAAUGCUUGGUAUUUAAGACACUCUGUUAUGGACACAGUUUAAGCUUAAGUACUAGUUAAACUAUCAAUGCUUAUGUUUUUAAUGCUCAUGUUUUCAAUAAUUUUCCAAUAAAAACAUGAAAUAUUUAA